UUGUACAAUUUCAGUGUAGAAAAAUGGCGCCGAGUAGAAAUGUCUUAGUUGUAAUUUUGAUCGCCUUUGUAGCAGUAUUGGUUGUUAUUCAUUUAAAUUCGUCAACUUUAAUGAAUCAGUUAAACCAAGUCAAAAAAUUGACGCUUGCUGUAGAACACGAAGAGCAGGAAGUACACGAAUUACUUCAAAAGAUUCCACCAGUGCAAGAGAUACAUGAGAACAAAGGAUUCGCGAAACCUGGUGAAGCAAGCCCAAAAGAAGAAUUUGAACGACUAUGGAACUAUGUGUAUACCAUGCAGUACAACUGCUCGCAUGGUGAAUAUUUGGGCGGAAAUCCAGGAAAUGGAGACGGAGCUUAUUGGUUAUGCAGCGAGCCAAGGUUCUGGCCAAGAGAAACCGACAAGGAAUACAAAUGCUUAAUGUAUUCGUUUGGUGUUGGCGGAGACUUUACUUUUGAUGAUGAAAUUGCAAAUAGAGGUUGUGAGGUUCACUCGUUUGAUCCAACUGAACAAUUGGAAGACGGGCUCGUACGAGAAUCAGGUGUGACUUUCCAUAAGAUUGGAAUAUCAGCUACCGACACAGAUAAAGAUGGAAACGGAUGGAAAAUGCGAACUUUAAAAACCCUAAUAAAAGAGCUCGGUCAUAACGGAAGGUAUAUUGAUUAUUUGAAAAUGGACACAGAGUCUUAUGAAGAGGGUUUAAUGCAACAAGUACUAGACAACGACUUGGCUAAGUGUGUACGGCAUUACGCUCAGGAAAUUCACCUUUUUGGGCCAAUAUCCAGCCCCGGCAAGCUUGCUAAAUGUCGACACCUGUAUCGGGCCAUGACACAACUGAACGACCACGGCUGGAGACUUUACAAUACAACAGAUAAUUGCCGAUAUCUAAAAUCGCCAGACCCGCACGCAAGACAGCUGCAAGUAAAACCGUCUAUGGUGAACAGUGGAAACGCUAUUUUGUGGGAAACAAUGUUUGUAAACUUUGCCGCUACAGAACCAUGCAAAGUUGAAUAAAUUAACACUGCAUUCUUUCUCCUUGACAUUUUAUAUAUAUAAAACUAGGACUGGUGAAUAUCAAUCACUGUCCCGUAAACUUAGUUCAAGGGAUAUUACGCAUGCGCCGGAACGCCACUAAGCAUGCGCAGAAGGUCGGACCAAAUAUUCAGCAAGAUCUGUAAAAUUUCAUCCGCCAUUAAAAAGUCCGAGUAUUAUAUAUAAAUAUUGGCAAACCACUUUUGCAUCGGUUCAAGCAGAUUCCAAAUACAAAUAUCUUUACACGGACUUAGUAGCAAGGAAAUUUAACAUCCAGAGGACUACAUUAACGCUAUUCAUUGCAUAUAUUAAUUAACCGGUAAUAAAAUAAACACCGAAAUCGCUUCAUUGUUACACUUGUCAUUAUAUUGUUCUAUUUUGUAAAGCCAAUACAUGGAUUACAGUUUGUA